AUGUUAGUAAGUAUACGUGUUAAUGAAUAACCAUGUCACAUUAAGGAUAACAAAGCAGAAUUGCAAGAAAUGUGAAAUAAAUGUGGAAUAUAACCCUGUUUAACAAUUAUAUGUUGAUAUGGGUCUUCACUCCAGAUGUUAUGGACCACAUCUCCCAUAAUGCUCUUACAACCAUAAAGCUGGCAAUGUAUUGUGGGGAUAUGGUACGCAACAUCCGGAGUGCCCUGCUAAAUAUAUUGGUUUCUGUUAUGUGAAGUUUUGAAGGUUAAAAAGCCUUUGCAUAUAGAUUAGUAAUCUUACCAGUGAAGCACAUGUUUGCAUGCUUCCUUUUUAAGGUUACCUGUUUCUAACAACUGCUAGAAUUUUCAAACAGCUAGCAAUUUUGGGAAAUUGGGUGUCUCUCUGGAAAUGCCUUAAGAUAAUUGAAUUUUUUCAUUCUUGAUUUUUUCCACCUACUUCCAAUACUGUGAGAACUUCUGGGAAUUCAAAGGGAAUUUCAAUAUCUAUGCAAAAUUUGAAAUAUUCUUCAAGUCAAUUCUGUUCUCAGUUUGGCUAUUUUGGACUUAAUUUUGAAAUUGACUUUGAAUUCCUGGAAACUCUUAUUUAGUAAAUAUUCCUGUCACUGUUCAGUGUGGCAACAGAGCAUGGUUUACUAAAUACGGCUCCUAUCAUCAGGGUAGGGGCUGGUUGUUUCAAUGCAUUUUUUGGGAACUGAUGCCUAUUGCAUUUAUUGCACCUAUACCCCUGAAUCAUGUAUACAUAUAUAGUGCAAAUUACAUUUGUUUACGGCAAACAGAUUUAAUUUGCAACUUAUGCCAAGUUUACAAUUAGAGAGCGCAUAGCGCAGAAACACAGGGAGCCGCGAUGCUGUUUGCCUCUGAAUGCUGAAUACAGGUUUCUGUAUACAGCUCUGUGCCUGCUUCACCACCCUUUAUUUGAACGUUUCCCUUUAAUUUAUAUCUCCAUCCCUGCAAUGUACUUGCCUCACAAUUUACUUACUUCAUGCCCCCCUUCUUUUCAUGUCUGCUCCAUUAAGGCAGAGGAUGAGCCAGUAAGUGAAGAGAUAAAAAAUCGAGUGCUGCUGCAGCUGUUCUGCUGUGAUGGGCUUUCCCUCUCACUAUACCAUAAAUACGUGUAUCAGUGAGCGUUUGUAUAUAUGUUUCUUAACGAGUGCAUCUAAUGUUGCAGCCUGUGGGGUAUCUGUGAAUGUGUGCCUGCCUGUGUUGGUGUGUUUGUAUGAGAGUGCCUAUGAGUGUGCGCUUCUGUCUGGAAUUGAGUGUCUCCCACUAUGUGUAUGUCUAGAAAUGUGUGAUUCUAAAGAUGUAUAUAGUGUUUGUGAGUGCAUGUCUGUGAGGAGAAAAAAGGGAUUGCUAAUUCAAAGAGUAUCUCACAUAUAACUCCUGAUCAGAGCCAUGAUUAGUGAUUAGUCCUAAUCAGUGCUCUGACACUGUCUGGCACUGUCUUGGGAAUAAUAUUUACAAAGGAAGCAUUGCAGUUAGAAGUAUCAGCAUGUAUCCAGGCACUAAACACAGAGUGAUGGUCUAUCUCUGUAUAGUGAAACCAUCUCUCAAUGUUUAGUGCCUAGAUUUCCAAUCUCAGAACUGCUUGCUAAUAGUCCUACUCUACAAGCACAGCGUUGUAUACAGGGAACGAACCUGUGUUUGUGUCUGUUAGUGUCUGUGUGUAUAUGUGUGCGUGUGGCAUGGUCAUGGUGAUGCAGAAACAUAUACAUAUAUAUGGGAAUAUGAGUUAUGUAACAACACAUACUGGAAAUAUAUAGGACCAAAAUGAAAAUAUUAUUGGAAUAUGUUAAUUUUAAAUAUGCAGAAACAUUAUUUCGUUACAAUACUGUUUUUAUCUCUAACUUCACAUUCCAGGACACCAAAAUUAAUUGGAUUCUACAGCUGUUAUUUUUUAAACCGCUUGUUAGUGAAAGGAUUAAAAGACCGAAAAGGGUUUUCUUCUAAUAUCCUGUACAGGGAGUGCAGAAUUAUUAGGCAAGUUGUAUUUUUGAGGAUUAAUUUUAUUAUUGAACAACAACCAUGUUCUCAAUGAACCCAAAAAACUCAUUAAUAUCAAAGCUGAAUAUUUUUGGAAGUAGUUUUUAGUUUGUUUUUAGUUUUAGCUAUGUUAGGGGGAUAUCUGUGUGUGCAGGUGACUAUUACUGUGCAUAAUUAUUAGGCAACUUAACAAAAAACAAAUAUAUACCCAUUUCAAUUAUUUAUUAUUACCAGUGAAACCAAUAUAACAUCUCAACAUUCACAAAUAUACAUUUCUGACAUUCAAAAACAAAACAAAAACAAAUCAGUGACCAAUAUAGCCACCUUUCUUUGCAAGGACACUCAAAAGCCUGCCAUCCAUGGAUUCUGUCAGUGUUUUGAUCUGUUCACCAUCAACAUUGCGUGCAGCAGCAACCACAGCCUCCCAGACACUGUUCAGAGAGGUGUACUGUUUUCCCUCCUUGUAAAUCUCACAUUUGAUGAUGGACCACAGGUUCUCAAUGGGGUUCAGAUCAGGUGAACAAGGAGGCCAUGUCAUUAGAUUUUCUUCUUUUAUACCCUUUCUUGCCAGCCACGCUGUGGAGUACUUGGACGCGUGUGAUGGAGCAUUGUCCUGCAUGAAAAUCAUGUUUUUCUUGAAGGAUGCAGACUUCUUCCUGUACCACUGCUUGAAGAAGGUGUCUUCCAGGAACUGGCAGUAGGACUGGGAGUUGAGCUUGACUCCAUCCUCAACCCGAAAAGGCCCACAAGCUCAUCUUUGAUGAUACCAGCCCAAACCAGUACUCCACCUCCACCUUGCUGGCGUCUGAGUCGGACUGGAGCUCUCUGCCCUUUACCAAUCCAGCCACGGGCCCAUCCAUCUGGCCCAUCAAGACUCACUCUCAUUUCAUCAGUCCAUAAAACCUUAGAAAAAUCAGUCUUGAGAUAUUUCUUGGCCCAGUCUUGACGUUUCAGCUUGUGUGUCUUGUUCAGUGGUGGUCGUCUUUCAGCCUUUCUUACCUUGGCCAUGUCUCUGAGUAUUGCACACCUUGUGCUUUUGGGCACUCCAGUGAUGUUGCAGCUCUGAAAUAUGGCCAAACUGGUGGCAAGUGGCAUCGUGGCAGCUGCACGCUUGACUUUUCUCAGUUCAUGGGCAGUUAUUUUGCGCCUUGGUUUUUCCACACGCUUCUUGCGACCCUGUUGACUAUUUUGAAUGAAACGCUUGAUUGUUCGAUGAUCACGCUUCAGAAACUUUGCAAUUUUAAGAGUGCUGCAUCCCUCUGCAAGAUAUCUCACUAUUUUUGACUUUUCUGAGCCUGUCAAGUCCUUCUUUUGACCCAUUUUGCCAAAGGAAAGGAAGUUGCCUAAUAAUUAUGCACACCUGAUAUAGGGUGUUGAUGUCAUUAGACCACACCCCUUCUCAUUACAGAGAUGCACAUCACCUAAUAUGCUUAAUUGGUAGUAGGCUUUUGAGCCUAUACAGCUUGGAGUAAGACAACAUGCAUAAAGAGGAUGAUGUGGUCAAAAUACUCAUUUGCCUAAUAAUUCUGCACUCCUUGUAUGUAUACUUAAUACAACAUUAAAGAAACACUAUAGCAUUAGUAAUAUAGUAAUAUGUACACUGUUUAGGUGACCAGGUCCUUGCCAGGGUUAAAAAAAUUCAUUUUUUGAAAUAUUUUUGCUUACUAAAAGAACUCAAAAUAGAUUUAUUUAUAUAUCAGUCCUGAUUGUUAAAUGCCUUACAUGUUUAUGCUCUAAAUUAACUUUUGGUAGUUAAAGUUAACCCUAAACCAUUACUCCCUCAAUUUUCUUUUACCAACCCUAACCCUAUGCUUACACAUACAUUAACCAUAUAUCUACCCUAACCGUAACGCUACAAUAUCCAUACGCUAAAACAUCAUUAGCCCUAACCCAGCACUAACCCUCACAGUAACACUAAUCCUACACUAUCUCUAACCUUUCAACUCACCCUAACUCUAAGGAAACCCACUGCUAAUUUCAGUAAUAUCAGCAGAUUGGUUUCCAAGUUAAAACAGUAGAGAACAGUCUGUGACUGCCAUCUUCUGGCUGUUUUUAGAAAUACGGGCUUUACUUGUUAUACUAAAAUCUAACAUGCUUUUCCAGCUGGUAAUACUGAGAUAAAUGCGAGGCAGCUGGUAAAGUACAGCACCGAUCACAAUCAGAAUGAGGGCAUCUGCCAGCGAAGAGUCAAUUAAUGUAAAAGGCUGUAUGCAGUGCUCAUUUAGAGCGCUGCAUACAGCUUAUCAGUCAGGUGACAGAGGGCUUUAACUCUGCUCACACCAUGUUGCAGAAAAGGGAAUUCAUUCUUAAUUUAAAAAGCUGUAUGCAGUGCUCACUUUGAGCAUGGUAUAAAUCCCAAAAUACGGCCCAGCUGACAGAGCAGGAAUUUAACCUGCUUACACCAAAAAAGUUAGGAUGAUCCAUAAAUAGUGUUAAAGCUCACUCUGUGGAAGACAGCAUGGAAGAUCCUAACAUCAUGAAGUGUUUAAUAUAAAUAAAAAUUGAAAUAGUAGAAUGAGUUUGGAGAGCUCCACUUCUUCAAUCAGCUGCUCUUAACUAUACCUAUAAACACAUACACCCACACUAACACAUUUACACAGAUACACUUAGUCUCUUUCUUAUGGCAGCACAAGUACACACGUCACACUGGCUGGAGAUUUAUGGGAGUCAUGGUUGCAGGCAGCAUCCAAUAUUUACAGCUACCAUAACUACUUGAUUUGCUCUCUCCUUAUUAUAAUGAUGGAACUGGUGCUGGCAAAAUAAAUCAGACAGGUUUUUUCAGUAAGAUCUAAAUGGACUCUCAAUUCAGACUACAAAUUUCAGACAUUGUUUACAGUAUUUAACAAUGUUUGGAUUUAUUGCUUCAAAACGCACCAGAAGUGUGUAUAGAUUUCAGUCUGAAUGAAUGCUGUUGGAUGGCAGAAAUCUGGGAUUGGUUGGCAGAGGCUGCUCAAUGUUUCUGCCAUUUAAAUAAAUUAGCAACUGGGCAGCUAUUGACAAUUCAGCAGUGCAGGAGGAAAACUGACAUAUGAUGUCUGAUUGCAGGCCAACACACAAUGUGCUGAUAGGGUACCUGUCAUGAAAUAUUUAGCUCAAGCUCUUUUUUAAAGACUAUAAAAUCCUAUCUAUACAUUGUUUUAACACAUUUGCUAGCAAAUAUAUACAUGUAAAAAGAGCUCUUUCUCCCACUUGUGCGUCAAUUCGCCGCCAUAAACUAUGUGCCAAAGAAAUAAAUGACAAGAAGAGCAGAUGAGACCUCCCACAACUGGUCCUUCUGCUCGACAAACAUAACAACCACAGCACAUUCACAAUGGUUGGUAUGGCAACUCCCUGCUAGCGCUGGCUAAGUGUGUGUAAGCAUGGCUAAGAGUGUCGACAUCACAGAAGAGUUUAGGAGCCAAGUUGAAGAAGACAGCAGAUAGAGUGAAGGUGGAUGUUACAGUAGAGUAACACCCAGAAGAGUGACCAGACCACAUGGCAGUGUUGGAGUGGAGGUGAGUUUAUUGCUAUAUAUAUUACACUGAAUGAUAUGAGGACAAAACAAAACAGAAUAUAGUGUAAUAUGAGAUUGAUAAUCCUCGCCUGUGGAUAUACAUAUAAAUUACACUGUAUAUAUCAUAUAUCUCUGUGAAAUAUGAUGUGUUCAAUGCAUUUCGGGAAGAUGUUUUAUUAACGUGAGCAUGUCAUGACCGGUAAUUCCAGGUUCCCUUUCAAAAUACUUUCUUUUGGGAUAGCUCACAGUAUUUACAGAGAACACUAUUUCUUUCUCAAGAUAUAAAGUGCAACACUGAAAGUAAUGGUGUGACAUACACAAAAUGUUAUAUAAUAUUGCACAUGCACAAUACACACAUUAUAUUUCCUGUUUUUAGUCACUAGGUAAACCUUCAAGACAGAGAUAAUUUUCUUAUGCUAUCAAUUGUGCAAGGCAAGUCUAGCUCCCAGGCUUUCUCAAAUACCCCAUACAUUUAGUUUACACUGCAACAGGGAAUUAUGAAUAUUAGUUUUGGGAAUCAAAAUUGCUAUCCCUAGCUUACUUCCAGUGACAUUCUAAGAGCACAGUGGGUCUGUGAGGUUUAUAAUUUGUGAUAUUGCAAAAUCAAAAAAGUUAUUUAUUUUUUAUGUGUAAUAUAUGUACAUUGAUGGGAUGAUUAAUGGGGAAAAAAUAUGACUGACAGAUAUGUACAUUACUGCUUGUUUCUUUAUUUUUUAGAGGGAAUGCAUCUCUGUCCAUAUUGGCCAGGCUGGUGUGCAGAUGGGCAAUGCCUGCUGGGAGUUGUACUGUUUAGAACACGGGAUCCAUCCCACUGGUAUUGCAGCUGAUGAGAGGAGCUAUACAAUGGAUUCAUCAUUUGGGACUUUCUUCAGUGAGACUUCUAAAGGGAAAUGUGUACCUCGAGCAGUGUUUGUUGACCUGGAGGAAACUGUUAUUGGUAAUGUAAAUACAUUUAUUUAUUUAUUUUAUAUGAUGCACAUUUAUGUAUAGUAAAGUGAUAGAGGUUACUUCAUAAAAUGUAUUGAGCAGAUCUUUUGUUUUAUUAUCAGAAUCACAGCUAUACAAUCAACUUUUAAAAAUGCAAUAAAACCCCCCCCCAAAAAAACAACCCUUAGGUCCCAAUAUGUGAAAAUUAUUUCCAGGGACACUUUGUGGAAAAUACGGACAAAAAUGUAUAUAGACACAAGCACACACAUAAAAACUCAAAGAGAUACACACAGUAACACACUAGGCAUACAUGCACUGACACACACACACUCAAAAAUACACCUUCUUUUCCACUCACACUGACACACACAAUGACACAUGUACACAGAUAUAUACAGUGACAAACUGACACACACAGACACACACAUUGCCAUACACACAGACCCACACUGACAAGUCCGCCUCCACUUUUGCUCAGUGCGUGAUCUGAGUAGGAGCUUUCACUCCUCACUGGGUCCUCACUGGAGUAGUGCCUGGUGGACCCCAGGUAAGAAGUCAAUCCAUUCUAAAACAUUUUGUCUCCCUUCAAUGGGGUGCACCAGGGCACUUCUGACCAGGGACGUAUUAGCCGCGAGGCAAACAAGGCAUUUGCCUUGGGCGGCAUUUUUCAGGGGGCGGCAAAAAACGCCGCCCCCCAAAUGCCCAGGGCAGAUGCCUUGUUAGCCUUGCGGCUAACUGACAUCCCGAGCGGGCGGGCCGGCGGCCGGCGAGGGAGCACUUCCCAUGAGCUGACUGCUCAGCUCCCUCGCGCACCGCAAAGUGAGGCUGGGAGCCGGAAGAUGACGUCAUAUUCCGGCUCCCAGCCUCACUCUGCAGCCGGCGCGCGAGGGAGCUGAGCAGUCAGCUCAUGGGAAGUGCUCCCUCGCCGGCCGCCCACCUGCCAGCGCCGCCCGCCCUGCAGCCACUGGACCACCAGGGAGAGAGACCCCCCCCCCAAGCACUCCCAAAGGUAAGGAGGUUGGGGGGGGAUUUAAAUUUAAAAAAGUUAGUGUGUGUGUUUGUGUGUGUGUGUGUGUGUGUGUGUUUGUGUCUGACUGUGUGUGUGUGUGUGUUUGUGUCUGACUGUGUGUGUUUGUGAGUGUGUGUGUUUGUGAGUGUGUGUGUGUGUUUGUGUCUGACUGUGUUUGUGUCUGUGUAUGUGUCUGACUGUGUGUGUGUGUGUGUGUAUGUGACUGUGUGUCUGUGUGUGUUUGUGUGUGUGUGUGUUGUCUGAUGUGUGUGUUUGUGUGUGUUUGUGUCUGACUGUGUGUGUAUGUGUGUGUGUGUGUGUGUGUCUGACUGUGUGUGUCUGUGUUUGUGUCUGACUGUGUGUGUGUGUGUAUGUGUCUGACUGUGUGUGUGUUUGUGUAUGUGUCUGACUGUGUGUGUGUGUGUGUAUUUAGAAGGUGGGGCGGGGGUAAGGGUUGGGUGGGGGUGGCGCGGGGGGGAGGGCGGGCGCCUGAGUUUUGUCCUGCCUAGGGCAGCACAAAACCAGGAUACACCACUGCUUCUGACAUCAUAAUAGCUGCAACCCUGACUGGUACAUGUUCAUGAGAUGAGGGGUUAAAAACAUCAUGUAUUCCACAAGAGCAUUGCAAUCUCACAAGAGUUGACCCUCACCUGCCUCACCCAAUGCACAGUGGGUAGUUAAGAGGAAAAUAAAAGAUUAAGCAAGUGUUUCUAGAAUUUCAAUCCGCGGAGAUAAAACUCUAAGAUUUCAGGCUGUAAACAGCUCUUUAGGGACAAGAGUAGUAGAAGCUGCAGUCCACGUGAUCCGUUACUUCUUUCCACUUGACAUGUCAAAGUAAAACUAUUAAUCUCACCUAUCUUGUAGAUGAAAUAAAAAUUGGGAAAUAUCGCUCACUUUUUCAUCCGGAGCAACUGAUCACUGGAAAAGAAGAUGCAGCAAAUAACUAUGCUCGUGGUCACUAUACCAUUGGAAAGGAGAUUGUUGACUCUGUGUUGGACAUGAUUCGUAAACAAGUGAGUAGUGCAUGUUUUAAAGAUGUGAGAUAGUAAGUAAAAGAAAACUCUCACUUACCAGGAUUUUUUAUAUUUACUUGUCUUCCAUAAUUAACAGAUAUGUAUGUGUGGCAAAAUGUAUUUGUGAAAAAUAUAUUUAGGAAUCCAUACCUCUUUAUAUAUCUGGUUGCCUCCAUCUUAGCUCCCUGUCAAUGAUUGUUACAGUGGCUGAAGAUGGCAUGGGUGUACACAGCCCAACCCCUCUAUUGACAGACCAGGCACUUGUCUACCUGCACAAUAUAUUUGUGCAUUCUGUUUCAAAUAAUUUGUCCAAAUUUUGGGCGAUUGGUUGUUCUUACAAAUUCCGUAACUUUGAAGGAACACUAUAGUCACCAAAACAAUUUUAGCUUAAUAAAGUAGUUUUAGUGUAUAGAUCAGUGUAUAUUCACUGCUCAAUUCUCUGCCAUUUAGAAGUUAAAUCCCUUUUAUUUCUGUUUACGUAACCAUAGCCACACCUCCCUUGGCUUUGAGUGACACAGACUGCAUGAAAAUAAAAUGGUUUAAUUUUCACCCCUAUGUAAAUUACUUUAAAAAUUUUUAUCUCCUGCUCUGUAAGUGGAACUUUAGUUCUAUACAAAAUAAUUGGUAAUUUAAUAUUAGUGCUCUCACUCAAGUCACUUAGAAAUUACAGAAAUAUCAUGUGUUAGAGAAUCUCAUCUUAGACAAAAAAUGAGCUUAUUGAAGCAAAUUUUAGGUCCUUUAAAAAAAAAAUAAGCUAAAAACUGUGGAAUUGGGAUAGGUGAAAAAGAUAAACAAAGAAUGAGCAUGACAGAGAUGUAUUUAACCCCUUAAGGACCGAGGACGGUUCAGGACCGUCAUCGGCAUUUUUGCGUUGCCGACCGAUGACGGUCCUGAACCGUCCUAACGGUCCUAUUUACUUACCUGAUCUCCGUCGUUCCCCCGGCGGCGAUCAGCGUGGCUCCGGUUGUGGGGAGACUGCCUGCAGCCCAGACAGUCUCCCCACACUGAUUUAGGACCCCUGUGGCCAUGUGAUCGCUUAACACAGCAAUCACAUGGUCACAAUAGGUGUCCAUAGUGCUGCCUGCAGGGGGACUGUCUGUGCUGACAGGCAGUCUCCCUGCAUGUGUAAAAUCAAAAAAUAAAUUAAAGUUAGUGUUAAUAAAAAAAAUAAAAAUAAUUAUAUAUGUGUAUAUAUGAUAUAUAGACAUAUAUUAUAACUAUAUAAUAUAUGUCUAUAUAUCAUAUAUAUAUAAUGUCAUACUAAGUGUAUUUUUAUAUUAAUAUGUACUUAUAUUAAUAUAAAAAUACACUUAUAAUUAAAUUACACACGUAUAUAUAUAAUAUAUAUAAUAACUAUAUAUAUUGUAUAUAUAUAUUAUUAUAAAAUAUAAAUAAUAAGUAAUUUAAAUUAAAUAAAAAUUUUUAAAUAAUAAUAAAAAAUUAAAAAAAAAUUAUAUAGCUAUAUGAAAUUUUAUUCUAACUGUAUUUUAAAAUUAAUAUAUAUAUAUUUAUAUCAAAAUACACUUAGAAUGAAUUUGUAUAUAUAUCUAUGUAUAUAAAAAUAAAUAAAAAUAAUAAGAAAUAUACAUACGUCCAUAUACAAAAUUACAUAAAUAAUUAUAUAAAUAUACACGUAGACUUCAAAUAUAUAAAUGUGCAUAUAUAUUUAAAUUCUACGUGCGUAUUUAUGUAAUAUUUUUACAUAAUUCAGUAAUUUUAUUGAUUGCAAUUUGAGGGACCUGCCUGCCAACCCAGGCCGAAAUUCCAGAGAAUUUAAUUUGCUAACACUGUAUUUUACCCUGUAACGUUCUAUGACACCCUAAAACCUGUACAUGGGGGGUACUGUUUUACUCGGGAGACUUCGCUGAACACAAAUAUUAGUGAUUCAAAACAGUAAAACAUAUCACAGCGAUGAUAUUGUCAGUGAAAGUUACUUUUUUUUGCAUUUUUCACACACAAACAGCAGUUUUACUGAUGAUAUAAUUGUUGUGAUACGUUUUCCAGUUUUUAAACACUAAUAUUUGUGUUCAGCGAUGUCUCCUGAGUAAAACAGUACCCCCCAUGUACAGGUUUUAUAGCAUUUUUGAAAGUUACAAGGUCAAAUAUUUUUACAUUGAAAAUGGCCAGGUUGGUUACGUUGCCUUUGAGAGCGUAUGGUAGCCCAGGAAUGAGAAUUACCCCCAUGAUGGCAUACCAUUUGCAAAAGAAGACAACCCAAGGUAUUGCAAAUGGGGUAUGUCCAGUCUUUUUAGUAACCACUUGGUCACAAACACUGGCCAAAAUUAGCGUUCAAUUUAGUUUUUUUACUUUUUUCACACACAAACAAAUAUGAAUGCUUACUUUGGCCAGUGUUUUCGACUAAGUGGCUACUAAAAAAGACUGGACAUACCCCAUAUUGAAUACCCUGGGUUGUCUACUUUAAAAAAAAUAUGUACAUGUGGGUGUUAUUCAGAGAUUUAUGACAGAUAAUAGUGUUACAAUGUCACUAUUGAUAAAUUUUAAAAAUGUAUGUUUUGAAACCGCAAUAUCCUACUUGUACCUAUAGCCCCAUAACAUGCAAAAAAAAGCAAAAAAGCACGUAAACACUAGGUAUUUUUAAACUCAGGACAAAAUUUUGAAUCUAUUUAGCAGUUUUUUUCAUUCGCUUUUGUAGAUGAGUAAAAGAUUUUUCAAGUAAAAGUCAAAAAACAUGUUUUUUUUUCAAUUUUUCAUCAGAUUUUUGUAUUUUUUUUAAAUUAAAAUACAAGAGAUUAUAUAAAUAAUGGUAUGUAAAGAAAGCCCCUUUUGUCCUGAAAAAAACAAUAUAUAAUUUGUAUGGGAACAGUAAAUGAGAAAGUGGAAAAUUACAGCCAAACACAAACACCACAAAAGUGUAAAAAUAUGCCUGGUCGCAAAUGUACAACAUCGCAAAAACAGUCCAGUCCUUAAGGGGUUAAGAUAGGCUUUGAAACCACAAAAUGUCAAAGCAACUAGGUUAUUAUCAUUUGAAUAGGGGACUAAUGUUCAUAAAGGUUGGGUUAUCAGUAAUUGUAAGCUUAAGAAAGGAAAUUAAUGAAGGAUACAUUUUGAGACACAGUUUCCAACAGUGUAGGGUCAGAGAAGUGAGAAUGAUCUUUCAAAUGAGCUCAGUGCUUUCCAGGAAAAUAUCAACAGUAUGUUAGCGUUCCUGUGCAGGUGAUAUCUACAAUUCAUGUGAUGUUUAAGAGGAUCAGUGUACAUAAGUUGCAAGUAAUGUGUAGAAUGUAGAAUUCAGGAAGUCCCAUGUAUCAAAACAGUAAUUUUAUGAGCUGAUAUUUUACAAAAUAGAUUAUAUUGUCAGACUAUAUGUGCAAAUACAAAUUAUAUAACUGUAAAAUCUGUACCUGUUAAUGUAUCUUGUAGAUCUACUGUUCUUUAACAUUUUUGCCCCUUAAAAACGUAACUACAUGUUUUGUAUUGUCCACAUAUUACACUGUUUCAGGCAAUUUACUAAUAAAACAAACCUCUGUUGCUUAUUUGUAUUUUUAGGCUGAUCAAUGUUAUGGUCUUCAAGGAUUUCUCGUCUUCCAUAGUUUUGGAGGUGGUACAGGUUCAGGAUUCACAUCACUGCUGAUGGAGCGUCUUUCUGUUGACUAUGGCAAGAAGUCCAAACUUGAGUUCUCGGUCUAUCCUGCUCCAAGGAUCUCCACUGCUGUGGUUGAACCUUAUAAUUCCAUCCUUACAACACACACAACUCUAGAACAUUCAGACUGUGCAUUUAUGGUGGAUAAUGAGGCAAUUUAUGAUAUCUGCAAAUGUAACUUGGACAUUGAGCGUCCUUCUUAUACCAAUCUGAACAGAUUAAUAGGUCAAAUAGUUUCUUCAAUUACAGCCUCACUAAGGUUUGAUGGUGCACUGAAUGUGGAUCUAACAGAGUUCCAAACCAACCUGGUGCCAUAUCCAAGAAUCCAUUUCCCAUUAGUUACUUAUUCACCCAUUAUAUCAUCAGAGAAAGCUUACCAUGAACAGCUGUCCGUUCUGGAGAUCACCAAUGCUUGCUUUGACUAUUCAAAUCAGAUGGUGAAAUGUGAUCCUCGACGUGGUAAAUACAUGGCUUGCUGCCUUCUAUACAGAGGUGAUGUGGUGCCCAAAGAUGUUAAUGCAGCGAUAGCAGCAAUUAAAACCAGGAGGACCAUCCAGUUUGUAGAUUGGUGUCCUACUGGGUUUAAAGUGGGAAUAAACUACCAGCCCCCAACUGUGGUUCAGGGAGAACAUCUGGCUAAAGUAGAACGUGCUGUCUGUAUGCUGAGUAACACUACUGCCAUUGCAGAAGCCUGGGCUAGACUAGACCAUAAGUUUGACUUGAUGUAUGCCAAGAGAGCAUUUGUACAUUGGUAUGUUGGAGAGGGAAUGGAGGAAGGGGAGUUCUCUGAGGCAAGAGAGGAUAUGGCUGCUUUAGAAAAGGAUUAUGAAGAGGUAGGAAGAGAAUCAAGCUAUAGUGAUGAUGAUGAAGAUGAAUAUUGA